ACCGUCGUCGUCAGUGCCAGUCACGUGGUGCGUCGGGAGCGGGCGGUGGGUGUGUCUAAUCGAGUGUGGCUUCAUUCAUAACUAGUCUUUAUUUGAAGCCCAAAUUAAAGUAUGCAGACGGGGCAGGCUGCCGGUGGACCGCUUCAAACGGAGUCUACAGCCGGGCUGAGAUCAGACGUCGCAGAGAUAUGGGGCUGUCCUGAUUCGCGGGUUUUCGGAGGAGAGGGGAAGAUGCUGCCCAGGCUGCUGCUGCUGCUGCUGAUGCUGAGGCUGCUGAGCGCCGCCGGCUGCAGCGGAUCGCUGUAGUCGGGCCCCACAGAGCGGAGGGAAGCACCGUCAACAACGCCUGUAUAGACCGGUUCACUCACACCGACCUUUACCAUGAGCAAUGAUCUGCCUGUUCUGACAACUCUGACUGAGAGCUCCACUGAUGUGCCGGUGUCGGCCGGUCAGGUAGAGAACUAUGUCCUGCUGUUGGUGCUGCUGAGCGUUUUCGCCGGGGGGAUGCUGGUCCUGCUCUCCCUCCUGCUCCUCUUCUGUCACCGCUGCUGCAUGGGUGGGCGACGCUACUCCAGAGCGAGCGAUGACCCUGAGAAGACAAACACCACUUAUGCUGAGGAUUCUCAGCCCACGCAAGAAAUCACUAUUCGUCUAGAUGAAUCAGAUGCCCUCUCAGCAUCGAGCUGUCACGAUGGAGAGUCAGAACGAUUCAUCUCCACCGGGUCUACGGGCCGCAGAGUCUCCUUCAAUGAGUCUGCACUUUAUGAACAGGAGAAGACGACUCAGGACAAAGGACGCAGGUACACCCUGACCGAAGGAGACUUCCACCACCUGAAAAAGGCCCGGCUGACUCACCUUCACCUGCCUCCGGCACCAUGUGACUUAAAAAUACUCACCAUCAUGGAGUGCGACUCAACAGAGAGCAGCACCAUAAACAUCAGUGAGACAGCAGCUCCCAAGCUACCCCUCACCAUCUACCAGCCCGCUAAGAAGAGAGUCUCUGACUGGAUGGGCCAGAGCCUCAGCGGGGGUCUGCCAGGAGACCGACACCACUCCGUCAUCCUGGACGAGGGGCCCAGGCAGUCCUUAUCAGCCAUGAAACCACAGCACACGCGCUCUCAGACAAUGGAGGCUAUUGGCGACAGGGGAGAGGCCGAGAGCGAGACGAGUCAAACUGUGGGCCAAGCUUCAGUUCUGCAUUUCUUCUCCAAACUGCGGCGUCACGCCAGUCUGGAGGGGGCGGGGCCUUACUUCAGGAGGUGGAAGUUUGACACCACGCAUCGCGCUGCAAGUCUCGAUGCCAAAGGGUCCCCCAAGAGAAGGCCCUUUCAGAGACAGAGAGCAGCCAGUGAAACCACUGAUCAUGCUGAAGAUGACUCCUCUCCUCUCCGGGAUGAGGCCAUUGAAUCUUUUCCACAUACACCCAUCCAGACCGGUGGCCUCCAGUCACUCUCUGCAGAGUCUCUCUCUCAUCCCCAAACUGCACCCACAUCUUCAGUCUUCCUUAGCAGGCUUAAACUGGAGGCCAUGGUGGAGGUAGGUGGUAGCAGCACCAGGAGAGAAGAGUUCAGUUUGCCACCAGAUCGUUGCCUCGCCCAGAGGCAAGAGGAGGUUACAGUUAAUGGAACAGGAACACUGAAAGACGCAGUCGUAGGAACAGCAGCAGGAUCGGGAGGAGACGGGCUGGAGUCAGCGGACGAAGAUGAGUUGUUUGGGGCGCAACAAGAAGCUGUCAUUCAGGAAAGGUUUGAAGACAUGUUGAGGAAAGACGCAAAAACAGAUGGUGCGAUGGCAGACGUGAGGAAAAAGAACGAGGUAGAGCCAGAUGAUGGAGACGAGGUGGUCUUGGGAGCAGAAGCCAGACGAAGGACCGACUCGGGCUCAUCGCUCUCCUUCAUGCUUCGCCAGGAGAGCCUGGAGGCGCCUCCUUCCUUGUACAGAGACAUUUGGAGCUUGCGAGCCUCUCUUGAACUGUAUGCCUCCUCAGACCAGAGCAGCACAGACCGGGAGUCCAUCCGCAGUGAUGCGGACAGCGUCUCAUCCCUUGGCGGUGCAGGAGCUCGUUCUGGCCUCGACAGCUGCUUGUCCCAAGACCUGGAUGAUGAGCCUGAAGGAGACGGGGAGGGAGAGGGGUUGGAAGGGGGAACCAGAGGGGCAUUGGGUUUAGACAGUGAGAUGGGAAGUGGACCUGGGGGAGAGGGUGAGGGGGGGAACAGAAAGCUCCUUCAGAUGGACAGUGGUUACGCCUCUAUCGAAGCUCCAUCCAGGGCCCCUGAGGAGAUGCGACUGUUUGGGACUCCCGGAGCCCCACGAGGGAAAACGGCAUCAGAGAGGAGGUUGUUUUUCACCAACUCUGGUAGAAAGGGUUCAGUAUGCGAGAGCAUUGAGGCCAGGCUGUUUCAGGAGGAGCUGGAGGAUGAGAUGGCAAACAGCACAGAGCCAGAGGAGAAACUAAAGGAGAAACCACAGAGCGGCAGCCAAACUCUCACCCUCCAAGAUUCACAUCAACCUCUGAAAUCUCUUCACCCUCAGAAAUCUCCAGAAUCGCAAACACAGCUGAUGUCUCCACUUGUGAAAACAAUCCCACAGCCCACCAGUCCACACCGAACACGUCUCCGCCGCCGUGACUACAGCAUAGAUGAGAAGACGGAUGCCCUAUUCAACGAGUUCCUUCGCCACGACCCACGGUUCGACCAGCAGGACUCCCCGUUACGUUCCAGGCACCGAUCCAGAGUUCACCUCCGGAAACAGUGGCAAAGACAUAAGCAAUACAGCGAUCCUGGCUCGAGCUCUGGGGGAAGAUACUCCCCGUCUUUGGAGAGGCAGAGGUUCACGCCGCUGAGGAGAGGGGACAGUGCUGGUUACCCUCUGGACACCAGAUACCACAGCACCCUCUCGCGCAUCGCAAGUGCUGCUGAUGAAGAAGCCAGCGAGGUCGCGGCUUCUGAGGAGGCAGCAAAGGAAAGAGCAGAGAGCGCAGAUCCAUCACACGAAGGCGCGGCAGAGGAUUCCCCACAAAGAGCUGCCAACAAAACAUCCGAAGGAGACGAUGCAACAACAAAGAGCAGCUCUUGUUGUGCAGCUUCAGCUGGCGACACCGAUGGCUGCCAAGCCUCCGCAGAGAGACAGACAGCAGAAAGCACAACUUGCCAGUCUGUAACCACUGUGCCUGCACAAACGAGCUUCAUGGACCCAAGAGUUGACAACAAGAACAACAACAGCAGUCAGGCUAUCCUAUCAGAGGUCUCCCUGCAGGCACAGAGCAGUCUGACAGACAAGCUGGCUGUGUCAGUGGAAGAGAGGCUAUACAGCGGCCUGCGCAGCACAGAGAUCAGCCAGGGGGAACCGGAGCGUGUGCUCACAGUGACUCGCACAGCCUCACCUGGAUUCAGUCCCAUGUAACUUGUUAACGUCUGUUUUCCAUCACUUUAUUUCCAGUCUGUUGUCUAUAGAGCGCACACCCAGAUAAUCGGGUCCACAACAGUUCAAACAUCCUCGUGUUUCAGAUGUCUUCAAAAAAAAAAAAAAAAAAAAAAAAAGGAAGUACCUGAAGUACCUUCUCGCUCAAGCAUUUUCAUUCACACCUUAACUGUCACUGUGAUGCCCAUGUGACACGUGAUAGUCCCUUCCAUUGGUAAUCAUGGGGGAAAAAAAAAGACCGUUCCACUCAACCCAUCAUAAGAAAACCUACAUAUUCUACCUACAUAGACUUAACUGUGAAUUUUUUGGCAUGCUACCGUAGGUCCGAACAUCAUCAUAUGUGAAUACUGUACAGUUUACAAAAAAGCACUUUGAUGGGAAGAAAGACAAUGAUGGUAUUUGUUCUCCCUCAUUUUAAAAACCAUAUCCUCCUCAAGUGUCCUUCUUGUCUCGACCAUCAUGAGGUUAAAUGUCUGUGUGAGCUGUUGUAUCAGAGCAAUGCUGACCAUGUUUAAAAAAAAAAAAAGAAACAGCGUAACAAUUCUUCAGUGCUUGCAGCCCUCUUUCAUGAACAUGUCUUAAAAGUAAAAACAGAUGGGAAGCACAAUCCAGUCAGCAGGCGUUUUUCCAUCCUCAUAUUUUACCUGUUUUUAUUCUUGUUAGCCAUCUGUCCCCUGUGCAUCAAUCAGGUUGUGUCCGGGAGGAGUGGAGUGAGUGCUGCUGAGGGAAGACUGACAGAUGAUGCUUAAAUAGUGACACAGUAGCCUCUCAGGCUUUUAGACAGAUGGUUUGGUGAUGGGAGAGCCGAUGCUGUGAGGCACGGGAGGUUGGAAUAGCUCCUGCGACAUUGUCUGUCAGAAAAGCAGUGUGGCAGUGGGAGUGUGUGCUUCCAAAUAAAAGUUUGGUGAUUUACUGCAUUUCUCAAAAUCAGCAAUGGAAGUAAUCUUACUAAAAAAAAAAAAAAUGAAGGCCGGGUAGGCGAAGUCAGAUUCUUUUAUGCCACAGAGCUCCAUAUUUGUUGUCUAAACAUUAUUACAUAAACAUCAGUGAGUCACACUGUUGGACUGUUCUGUCAUUACAAUGAGAGCAGCUACCGAGCCCUGCAGACAUCAUCCCGCUGCCAUAAAUACAACGCCGAGCACCAAAUGCAUCAUUCUCCAGCUGAACGCUGCCCUGCCAACGCUCGGGAAAAAAAAGCACUGUUUACACUUGUUUGAGAGAUACUUGCUUCUUUGCCAGAAAAAUCUCAGCCCAAUGACUUUAACCUGCAUUGCACAACCACCGUAAAUCUAAGCAACCCAUCCAGCUGGGUAGAAAGUGACGUGCGACUUAAUUAUGCAGUCCAGAAAGUCUCAGAGGCGUCUUGUGGUGGAAAUGGUUUAAUACUUAGGGCAAAAUUUAACAGCUAAUCUUAAGAUGAGUCCAUGGGAACAAGCGUAAUUAUCCUCAAAGCUUUAAGAAUAUUAAAUGCUCGCUUAUGAACUGUACAGCAAACUCUCUUAGCUGAUAACUGGUUUUUAUGAGCUCUUCAUCCAGCUAAGGGAUUUUAAACUAGUUGCACAAUCCUGAUGUUUGGUUUAAAUAAUCUUUUUUUGUGUUGUUGUACUAAAUAACUCCUGGGAGUUUUUUUUUUUUUUUAAAUUUCCUGUGAAACUACAAUUCGCAUCUUUAAGGACAUGUUCGUUGUCAAUAUAUCACACUUUGUUUCGUUCCGUCCAUGAGUACAUCACCUCCCUUAGGAGAACCAGAAGAGACGCUACAGCAAGGAAUUGAUCCAAUAUGGAAAACUAAUUAUCAGCUUUUCCUCUCCUGCUUUUAGUUUGUACUCUGUUUUUCAUUCACGUGAAAAAUGCUUCAUUUUCUAAUGCGUGAUGAAGACCGUCAACCGGGAAAUGCAACGGUAGGUACACAGUUCUCUGUUUUUUUUUUAAAAAAAUUCUGUUUGAGCUCCAAUGUGCAUCUCAUGAAAUUUUUAACCCUCGUUCAGGGUGAAGCGUCUGCUGUAGUGUGCAGAAAAUUCAAAACGUCUCACAGCCUCAACAAAAGCUCGACCUUGUGAGGCGAAAAAUCGAUUUGCACUGAAAGUUUUUCAGAUUUUCUUUUUUAAUAAAUUAAUUUUUGCUGCUGAUCUGUCGGCUGACACAAGAGUGAGACCAGUGACCUUAAGUGCGCCCUCGCGUACUAAUCACCCUCCCGUCUUCGGUCUGUUAGCGCGACAUCUCUCUUCUUCAUUUGUCUCGUCGUACGGAGAGCCUCUCCAUCGACCUUGCUGACGUGGGAAGCGCUGCUCUCUCCCUCCCUCACAGUGGUGACUCACCUGCUCUCUGAUCUAUUCCCAGUGAGGAGCUGAUGAUGGGCCUGCCUGCGUAAGAGGGGGAGGGAGGGAAGGACACCCGCUGAAGUGAUCGGCACAGCAAAGAACAUCUCUGCACGCCGCCCGCAGCCGCAGCAUCACCCUGACUACCUAAUUGCUGCAGACGCGAGAGGAAGAUGAGUCUAAUAUUCCUGUCAGAGCUGUGCGCUCUUUAAAGGACACGGGAAAUAAAGGAGGGGGGAAAAUAAAAAAGGUCAUAAACCAAUGAGUUGUGUUUAUGAAAAUAUGCUGAACUUAAACUCAAACAGAAAGGAUCAUCCAACAAAACAGCCUGUUUGGGACAUGUUUUAUAUAAAUAAUAAUUAAAAAAUAUUCAUAGGAAAAGAAAAGAAAAAGAAACCUAAAAGGGGAGGGAAAAAAAUACAAAUCUCAAGGCUUCAGUCCAUCAGUGCAUCCACAUAAAACCAAGAGCUUUCCCUUUCUUCCAGCUCUGUACAGCAUGCAGAUUCUAUGUCGGUGGUAGCACUACCAUAAUUAUGCUCAGCAGAGGUUUAAAUAUAGAAUUAUUCAUAACAUGUGUGGGUUUUUUUUUCCUCUUUAAUUUUUUUACACAUCACAAUGUGUCUUAAAAACUGCCAUUAGGGUUCUGUAAAAACAAAAGGUAGUCAAAGAAACAAGGUGGGUUAAGGAGGA